AUGCCGGGUUCCAGCAGGGCUGUGUCCAGCACCGGGCCCCUGACUGUGCGCUGGCUGCAAGAGCCGCCCAGUGCCCUCCUUCUUGGGUGCCCUCAGCCCUGUGAGGUUUGCACGCAGAGGACGAAGCCCAGCAGUGAUGGGACAGACACUCUGCACGUGGUUGCGGUCGACGCGCACGGCGUUAUCCCUGCAUCCACGGCCUGCAACCCUGCCCCUCAGCUGUCACAGCUGGCACAGAGCAGCCCCUGGGACAGCCCCGGGGGCACCUGGCCCUGCAAGGCGCUCACUGCUGUUACUCUCUCCUCUCCAGCAUGCGUGCUCUGUGGCCUAGUGGAUGAGGACUCGGGCAUCCUCGGCCGCAGACAGAGGAUUCGUAGAUUGUAUUUCCAUGAGUUUUGUGCGAGAUUUGCCAACGGUCUUUGUGAACACGUGCAAGAUAACAACGAGGCACGUUUUUGUUUUCAAGACCUGACACGCACAGUGUGGGAGGCAGAGCAGACGCUCUGCUUCGUCUGUGGCGGUUCGGGGGCCAGCAUCACCUGCGCAGAGCCGGGAUGUGAGCGGAGCUUCCAUCUCCCCUGCGCCUAUGAGGGUCAAUGUGUCACCCAAUACUUUGGAGAGUUCAGGUCCUUCUGCUGGGAGCACCGCCCGCAGCAGGCAGCGCAGGCAGCACCGGAGGCGGACACGACCUGCAUCAUCUGCAUGGAGCCCGUAGGUGACAGCACGUCGUACAGCACCAUGGUGUGCCCAGCCUGCCAAUGCGCCUGGUUCCACCGGGUCUGCAUCCAGAGAAUGGCCCUGAGCUCUGGGCUUGAAUUCCUGUGUCCCUACUGUAGAGACAGCCAAAAAUUUCAUCAAGACAUGCUGACUGUGGGGAUCCAAAUCCCAAACAGGUUGGUGUCUUUCAGCCAGCUCUUGAGGUGUGAGGGCACAAGAGCUGUGCCCGCCCAAGGACUGCCCCGGCAGGCCUGGCCCUUGGCAGCCAUUAACAUGGGCCUCAGCGCCAUUGGGAAGCUGGAACCAGGGAUAAGGUGGAUGGGGGUGGAUGGAUUUCAUGGGUUACUUUUAGUCCUGGGCCAGUGAGUGCUCAUCACAUUCCCUCCCUUCUCUGGCAGCAUUUCAUUAUGGUGGGAAAACAACGCCUAUGAAGGACUGGCAGUUUGGCACCGACGCUGCCAUGCCAGUGACUGCCUUCAUCCCCAUGGCAGAGCACAGUCAGGAGAGGGGCCCUGGCAGCUGCUCCUCUGCAGCUCCUGUGCUGCACGAGGCACACACCGGCGUUGUUCCCUAUUGAGUAACGGCACAACCAGCUGGGAGUGCAACGCCUGUGCUGGAGAGGGCACCGCCUCCAGCACCAGCUCAGCUCUUGCUGGCCUCAGCACCACCAGCCAGCAGGGACUGCAGCCACCCCGAGGCUCCACAAUACCAGAGAG